AUGGAACCAACACAGCCUGAGGUCCACUUGCAGAUUCGUGAACAUGACGAGCUCCUCGAUGUCAUUGAUAGCUUGCGGUCCCAAGGCAUCGACCGCUACAUCAACCUCCCUGAGUUGAUUGUCUGCGGUGACCAGAGCGCUGGAAAAUCAAGUGUCUUAGAGGCCAUUUCGGGAGGUCUGCGCUUUCCCACCAAAGACACCUUGUGCACUCGAUUUGCCACCGAGCUCAUACUAAGAAGGGAUGCAAGUUCACAAGUCAAGAUUGCGAUCAUCCCAGACCCAGACUCAGGGCGCACCCAAGCAGAAGAAGAAGCUCUUGCAAAAUUCGCUCCGCCGACAACAUCACUCGACGAUUUUCCAGCAAUUAUUGACGCUGCAGCCACAGCAAUGGGAAUUGAUGGCUCCAGGAAAGCUUUCAGCAGAGAUACUCUAAGGAUAGAGCUCUCUGGACCUACUCAACCCCAUCUGACCCUCGUUGAUCUGCCCGGACUUUACCAUGCCGGCGACAAGCAUCAGUCUAGUGAUGACGCGCCGCUCAUCAAGAACCUCGUGAGGCACUACAUGGCAAAGGACAGGGGAAUUAUUCUCGCUGUGGUCUCGGCCCAAAAUAACUAUAGCAACCAGGUCGUGACGAAGUAUGCGAAAAAGAUGGAUCCUUUUGGCCAUCGUACACUAGGUAUCAUUACGAAGCCAGAUACACUCGAUCCUGGCUCCACCAAUCAAAAGGAGUAUCAAGAACGCGUGUUGACAGAUGAUGGCGAGCUCAAACUCGGUUGGCAUAUGCUGAGAAACCGGGAUUACAGCAGCAGGCACUGUUCGGCCGCAGAAAGAGACUAUGCAGAGGAAGCCUUUUUCCAACAAGAAGGUUGGAACGCACUGCCGAAAGGGAGGGUUGGCGUCAAGAGCCUCAGAACGCGACUAAGCAGAAUUCUGCUCUCACACAUAUCCAAGGAGCUUCCUCAACUGUUGACCGAUGUCCAGAGUGGGAUCUCGGAGUGUGAGAGUCGACUUCAAAAAUUUGGCUCAUCCAGGCAUACAGUCGCGCUGCAGCGGAAAUACCUGCGUGAUGCCAGUAAAAGGUUCAGCGAGCUGAUGAAAGACUCGGUCGACGGCGACUAUUCGGAGCCUUUCUUUCACGAUUCCCGCGAUGAGGCAGGCUACAAGAGACGACUUCGAGCAGUCAUCCAGAAUAUCAUGGGCGAAUUUGCCGAAGAAAUGCGUCUAAGGGGCCAUUCUGUCCGCCUCGUGGAUAGCAGAUCAGAUCACCAUGGCCCAAAUGAACAGAGCUAUGUCUAUGUCAAACCGCGGGACGAAUUUCUCGAGUAUGUCAAAAUUCGAAUGAGGAUCAACCGCGGAACGGAAUUGCCAGGGAUCUUCAACCCAGGCAUCAUCGGCGAGCUCUUCCGCGAUCAAUCCAAAGGCUGGGAAGCAAUUAUCCACCGUGUCCGAGAGAGGUUGAUGCGUGCCACGGAGGAUACUAUCACUCUUGCACUUAAGCAAGUCACGGAUCCGAGAACAGCAGAUGCAAUCUGGGUACAUCUCAUCAAGUCAAGACUGGGAGUUAUCGGCAAAGCGUUCCACGAGAAAACGGACGAAGUGCUCAGGCCGCAUAAAAAAGGCCAUCCCACGACACUCAACCAUUACUUCAUUGAAAACCUACAGAAGAAACGACGACAGGAGUCGCGCAGGUUGAUGACCGAGAAGCUUGCCAACUUCUUUGGUAAGCGCCCUGAAGGGGAAGGAGGCUCUGACCAAUUUUACGACGGACAAUUUAACAUGCGAGCCCUCCUCGACGCCCUUGUGAUGCAGACAGAAGUCGACUUUGAGCGGUUCGCGUGCCGCGAGGCCACAAACGCGAUGGAGGCAUACUACAAGGUUGCACUGAAAACUGUCAUCGAUGCAUUUAACAUGUAUGCUGUCGAGGGCGUCCUAUUGAAGGAGCUGCCAGAAAUCCUGGCCUCCGAAGUGGUAGACAAACUAGAUGACGAGGCCGUAUGGGCAGUAGCGGCAGAGUCUGCUGAAUCUGUUGCCGAGCGAGCCGACCUCGAACGGAAACUUUCGAUUUUUCAACGGUCAUUGAAGACGCUGCAGAGAUUGAAAAUCGCAAAGAUUUCUGAACCCAUUUUGGAGCAGAAAUACACCGACCCUUCAGCUCUUGACGCGAGCGACAAUUUCGGCGGCACCCUCGCCGUUGACCCUGGAACUCCCAGGGAAAGGGUUAGACCAGCCAGCCAGGCCCUGACUUCUCCGGACUCUGCUAUCGGAAUGAAUGACGAGGACGAUGAGGAAGACGUUACCAAGCCUAGAAAGGGUUUCCACCGACCACAUACGUCUCCACGGAGGAGCCUGGCGACAGCGGGGAGGUCUCUGCUCCAUCCGGGGCCUUCUAUACCAGCAGACCCUCACACAGCAGGAAACAAGUCGCCAAUGGCAGAGCAAACGUAUCCGGCAACCUUAUUGGGAGAUGACACCAACAAUGCAGGAAGUGGCAGCCCUGACCAUGGUAGCGGCAGUAACGGUCAGGCAAGACGUGUAAGCAUCCGAUCUCUCUCAUGA